GCCUCUGGCAUUUCCAAAAUGGUGUAUGUCAACUAUUGAGAAAAUUCAGUAGUGUGUUAAACAUCGUAUCGUAACGAUUCAUUUUUCAGAUUUGAAUGUUUCCAAUAACUUUUGAACUAAUAGCGAUAAAGUAGUUGACACGUACCUUUUUGGAAAUGCCAGAGGCUGCUCAAUCAGUUGGAAUCACACUCAUUAUCUUAUCUCUAGAACUAUCAGAUCUGGUAUUAAGACCCAAAAGGCCGAUGAAAGGGAAAAUUUGGAAUUUUGACAUUAUAUCACUGUAGAGUUACUCAACAGUAAUAGAAUUCAUACAAGUGUGUUUUCUAAUAAUCUCCAGCUGCUCACUUCAUAAAGUCUAUGAAAAAUCGUCUAUGAAAAGGGCAGCCAUAUGUUAACGAUUAACAUACAGCUAUUUGAUAUGUAACAUACAUCAUGCCUAUGUUAACAGUUAACAUAAUAUACGUUUGCUGCAAUAUUUCUUUUCUCUCAGUGUACCCUCUGGUCUGGCCCCGUCCCUACUUCCGACGCUCGCCACAAGAGGUCGACGCAAUUCCCUCUAAGACGGCGCUCGGGCCCAUCCGACGCGUGGGAGUAUAGGCAAGCGAGAGAACAAGCGGUCCGCCAUUUUGAGCGCGAAGCUUCGCGAAUCUCGUCAGUCUUGAGAGAGCCACGCGAGAAUGCGGACGAGCCGCUUUACCGAGUCGAGUGCAUAUUAUUAAACUGAAAAUUCCGCGCUUAAACCUAUAUACGGAGGAGAGCGAGAAAAGUGCGUCUUUUUAUCGCUCCAAGAGUUGUCUGCAUUUUCAAAAGCAUCUCUUAACCAAAGCUCGUCGACGAGCUUCUUCUCCCACGAUGCAUAAAGUCAGCGUCAGUAGCAGCACGACGAAGCUGGAUCGCGGCUACCUAACGUUCAGCUACGAUCGAACUCGCGGUUCCGAUUACUAUCCGUUCCGGUACACCACCUUGGACCCGUACGACGACGAAGACGUGAAGCGCUACGACGGCCUGCUGCACAAGGCGCUUCUCCAGAUCUUCCGCGAGGACUGUCCCAGCAGCGACGGCGAGGGUAAGCGACUGCUUUGCGCCGCCGAGCAUACCGAUCGGGAUAGAGCGAUCGAAGGACUCGUGCAGCUGGAACCCGGCCUCGGCGAGAUAUUUCCAAAGGGAGACAAAUUCUCGCUCCUGUGGAUCGCGGUUUUGCGAUGCUACCGUCAAUCGGCCGAGCUGCUCGUUCGCUCCGGCGCCGACGUCAACGAGCGCUGCGGCACGAAGUUGGCCCCAUUUCUCAGCGAGGCCAUGACCAUCCUCCACCUGAUACUGCAGACCUACCCCUCCGCGUGGAACGAGCGAUUUAUCCGUCUGCUCCUGGAGCACGGCGCCGACCUGCAGGCCCGAGACUCCCACGGCCAAACCGUCCUGCAUUACGCGGUGAAAAUCGGCCAGGUCAAGGCGACCGCGCUGCUACUCGACGCGGGGGCCGAACUCAACGUCGCCGACAUAGACGGCAAGACGGCGCUGCUCGAAGCUGCCCGCAGCAGCGAGUCCAACGAGCUGCUGCCGCUGUUGCUCGAAUACGGGGCCGACGCCAGCGUCAGGGACAGCGACGGUAGGAACGCCCUGCACCACCUGGCGAUGGCCUUCCAGGAGAGCGUCGACCUGGCCAGAGCGUUGCUCGCCAAGGGCGUCUCGCUCGACGACAGGGAGCAUCGGCACAAUCAGUAUCAGCCCUUGCACUACGCUGUUCUCAAGGGGAAGAACGAGUUGGUGAAGCUAUUCCUCGCGUACGGCGCGAACGUGAACGCGCGUUCGAAGGGCGAGGUAUUCCCGUUAUACCUCGCCACAGAGUACAACAAGCCGACGGUCCUGCUAACUCUGCUGAGUCGCGGCGCGAAGGUCGAUCUGCAGACAAGCUGUGGCCGCACCGCGUUGCACAGAGCCUGCGCCAGUCUGCACGCCAGUCACAGCAAGGAGAGCUUGAAAAUGCUCCUGUCCGUCGGCGGGAAUCUCUUCUUCGAGGAUCAGGCCGGCAGCAUGCCCUUCGAUCUGAUUCGCGAGAAAAACAUACAGAAUCCGAUGAUCAGGCUGGCGCUCAAGACGCUGGCGCUCAGAAACGACAGUCUGCAGAGGUCGAUCGAGUACAAGCACAAAAUGAUCAUCUCGCCGUACCCGAGGUUCUGGAAGUACUACAACAGCUGCGUCUAUCAGAUCCGCAAGUUGCGAGGUACGUAUUUCAUCGGCGAGUACCGGUUCAUCGACCUCCUGACGAAAUGCGAGUGCCGCAUGGCCGCGCGAAUGCGGAUCUUCGAGAACCAAGGUAAGCUCAAACCUUACGAGUUCAGCGAUCUUUCCUCGGCUAACGAGGCCGAUGCCGUCGCUCGCCGACGGGACCUCCUGGAGAAAAUGUGCAAGAGGACGAUCUCUCGACUCUCUAGUUUCACUGGGAAAGUAUUCGGAUCGCUGAAUGUUUUUUCGAAAACUCGCAACAAAGGCACACCGAAGAACCUGCAGAGCGAAGACUUUCAGCGCGCGUACAGGCGAUACGUCGUCGACGUGUAUUCGAGCUAUGCCGACGACCUGCUCGAGGCUUUCGAUCGAGCGCUGCAUCACUACCAGUCGGUUCCGGAACAGGAGGACCUCAUCAACGAAGCCGUCUACGACACUCUGUCUUGGAUAAUCGUGAGGAGGAUGGCUCUUUACAUUCACGCUUGCGAGGAGUGCGAAUUUAAGAGAAUCGCGCACGAGUCUUUGGGCUUCGGCGACGAGUACAAUUGAGAAUAACGCACACUUGUACUGUAAUUUUUAUACUUUGAAAUAAAAAGCAAAAAUGUACCAAUGCAUCGUGUUUG